AUGUCCCAACAACCGGUGUACAUUGCCGGCGUUGGCAUGACACCAUUCAUGUCACCAAAGAAGUCUGCCGCUGGAUCUUCCAACCCAGAAGGCGAUUACUUUAACCAAGCCGUCUCGGCAUGCGUAAAGGCAUUGCUAGACGCCGGAAUAACUUAUGACGAUGUAGACCAAGGAGUGGGAUGUUAUGUCUUUGGUGACUCGGCAGGCGCCCAACGCGUGUUUUAUACGCUCGGAAUGACUGGAAUCCCCAUCUACAACGUUCACAAUUAUUGCAGCGCUGGAAGCACGGGGCUUUACAUGGCUAAUCAAUUCAUUCAAGCUGGCGCAGCCGACUGCGUUCUUGUCGUCGGAUUUGAUAAAAUGUACCCGGGUGCUCUUCCUCGCAUUUACAACGACCGCGAGAACCCCCUGGGUAGGAUUCUCGAGUUGUCCAAGAAGUUUAUACCAGAGGGUCAAACUGCCUCUGCGGGAUGGACUCCUCAGCUGUAUGCGAAUGCUCAGGCUGAGUAUCUAGAAAAAUAUGGAGGUAACGGGGCAAGGGCAGAACACUUUGCUUCUAUUGCUUCGAUCAAUCGAACUCAUGGCAUAAACAAUCCAUACAGCCAGUUGCGCCAGGCUGUAACGGCUGAUGACGUUGGAUCCAGUCCGGUAGUAGCUGGAUCUAUUACUCGGCUUCAAUGCUGCCCUUCUUCCGUUGGUUUUCCCUUUAAACCCCACCAAAAGUUCCAAAAUCACCUAACAGAGAUCCAGACCGGAGCUGCUGCUGCUGUCUUGGUAUCAGAGCGUUUCCUGAAUAGCCAUCCGUACCUAAAGGAAAGCGCAGUUCUUAUCAAGGGCCAAGCCCUUGCCACAGAUUCACGAGAGCUUUAUCAACCUGCCAGCGCCAUUGAGCUCAUUGGCUCUAAUAUGACUCGCCGAGCAUCCGUGAGAGCCUACAAACAAGCGUCACUCUCGCCCGAUGAUAUACAAGUGGUCGAGCUACACGAUUGCUUCACAACAAAUGAGAUGUGCGCAAUAGAGGAUUUGGGACUGGCUAAAUAUGGAGAAGGGUGGAAAUUGGUUCAGGGCGGAGGAAUUACUUAUCCUCCUGAUCCAACCACGAAAAGGAUCUCUCCAGGAUGGGUCAUCAACCCUAGUGGCGGGUUGAUUUCCAAAGGACAUCCUCUCGGUGCCACGGGUUUAGCACAGACAGCUGAACUGGUGUGGCAUCUGCGUGGCUGGGCGGCGAAUCGGUGUGUACCUGGAACAAAACAUUGCCUUCAGCACAACAUGGGCCUCGGAGGUGCAACGGUUGUGACAAUCCUAGGUCGUGCCGACAAUCAGAUAGCCCCCUCAGCGGCCAGCAUUGAGGAAGUGGUUGAUGGGCGCCGGCGACUAGGGUACAAUCCGGCACUAGAAGCGCGAGAAGUACGUGAACAAGACUUCCAGGCAGUCCGAUCCCAAAAGGCGUUCACCCAGUGGGCUGCAGAAACUUUUGAGCCUUUGAAAGCAACGCGGGGGUCUAACCUAUAA